GAGGCUGAGCCGCUCCGGGCCGCCCUCGCCGCGGCCGAAGCAGCGGGCCUUCCGCCCGAGGAGACGCAGGCAGUUCGCGAAGCCCUGCCAGCAGUUGAGCGCCGCGCUACAGCGCGCGCCGCGCUGGCCGCAGCAUGCAGGGGGCAUCACCUCGUAGGUCCAGAUCUGCUCGAGGCGGCGCUAGCAGAUGCCCGCGAAGCGGGGCUGCAGCCUCACGAGCUGGCCGCCGCCGAGAGGGCGCUGAGCGAGGAGCUGCGACUGGUCGAGCGCAGGCGGGCGGCACUGGCACAGCUCGACGCCGCUCUGCGCGGCGGCACGCCCGCGGACAGCACCGAGCUGCAGGA